UUUGAAAUGUAAUUCCAAAUUGUUGGGUUACUUCAUUAAUUAUUACUGAAGUUAUUUAUUUUAGUUGUAAUACUUGUAGAUACGAUUUUUGGGUAUUUGCGCAUACAUGUAACGUUGCGCUCUUAUGAAUUGUUAUAUUUCCCGUUUUUAAAGUUUUAUGACGUUUAGCUUUUACGUACGUUACGUUGUCUAGUUUUUAUUCAUUACAAAUUAUUUGAUUACGGAGACACAUCGUUAUUUAUAGAGAGAUCAUAAUCGAGAAUCGGUUGAUAUAAUAUAUGAGUAUAAGAAGCCAAAAUUAAGUGUAAUUUUGAGGAAUAAAAGAUACAUAUUUAUACCGCAUACUUGAAUUAUCGUCUUAUUAUAAUUUGAUGCCUGCCUGAAUGAUGUGAUCCGCUACAAUUCUCGAUUCACUCCAAAAAGAUGGAUAGCGAAGAAGCGUAUGAAGAAUCUCGGAAGAGAAGAACAGUUAAUUUAUCUCAGCUAACUAAGUUAUACAAUGAAUUAGAAACAAAGAUGAUUUCACGGGAUAAUGUGAAAACUGUGAAAACAUUAUUCACAAAAUUGUGCGACCGAUAUGAACAAUUUAAAACUGCACAUCUGGAAUGUUUGGAUUUGUGUACAAACUCGGAUAUUUUUGAAACACUAGAAAUGAACUUUGAUAGUUCACAGAAAAACUUUACAGAAUUUCGUGAAAGAUUCAAUGAAUGGAUGCGCGAACCAGAAAUUGCAAAAGAUGAAGAAGACAAGAAUAGCCGUGUCACGUCGGUGUCUCGGACUUCAUCGUCAACACAGUAUAGGCUAAAGCUAGCGAGGGCCAACCGCUUAAAGGCCGAGGUUCAAGUGAAGAAAAUGGAAGAAAAGCAAGAACUAGAACGCGCUCGUCGAGAAAUAGAAAUGAAAGAACAGAUGUUAGAAAGAAAAAGUCAGCUAGAAGAAGCAAAGUUAGAAGAAUCUGUGUGGCAAGAAGAAGAAGAAGAUACUGAGGUAACAUUUAAGAACCAGCAAAACAUAAACGUGCCAUUUAACACAGAAAAUAAGACACUUAAUAAUAAGGAACAUGUUACAACAAAGAGUACAGAAAAUGCCGUUUCAAGGAUAGAGUGCACCACUGCCGGAAGUUUACAGUCAAGCAGCAGCAUCGAUACUGCAUUCCAAAGAUUAGCAUCAACACUACAAGAAGGAUUCAAUCUACCUAAACCUGAACUUUUGACUUUUGAUGGAAAGCCCACAGAUUACUGCAAAUUUAUAAAGAACUUUGAAACGAAUGUUGAAUGUAGAGUUACAGAUGAUCAGUUAAAGUUAAGUUAUUUAAUACAGUAUUGUAAUGGUGAGGCUAAAUCUUCGAUUGAAGAUUGUGUAUUGUUAGAGAAAAAGGGUUAUGAACGUGCUAGGUCUAUUUUACACUCACGUUAUGGCAGGUCACACAUGAUAGUUAGGUCUUAUAUAGAAAAUCUUGUAUAUGGUGCCCCGAUAAAGGCGUCAGAUUUUGAGUCACUUUCAAAAUUAGCUCUUGAAAUGCAAAAGUGUGAGAUAACUUUAUCACAAUUAGGAUAUGUUUCUGAUAUAGAUAAUACUGAUAAUCUUAGAAAGAUUGUAAAGCGUUUACCUAUGCAUUUAAGGGUAAAAUGGGUUGAUAUUGCUCAUUCCAUAACUGAAAAUGGUAGAGAACCUAGAUUUUCUGAUUUGGCAAAUUUUAUUGAUAAAAAGUCUCGUCUAGCUUCGUCAAUGUUUGGUCUAGAUCUCGUAAGAGAAAACUCAAAUACAUAUAGAAAAGAUAUGGACAAUCGUACUGAUAUGAAUACAAGAGAGAAGGUAUCUACAUUUGCUUCUAAUAAUAUGUAUGACAGCAAGGCUACGACACAAGAUCGUAAAUGUAUUUGUUGUAAUGGUACAUGUAAUAAUUUAGAAUUGUGUGUAAAAUUCAAGUCUAUGAGUUUAACCGAUAGAGUCAAUUUUGUAAGAACUACUAAGCUAUGUUUUAAUUGUUUAAAGGGUAAACAUUUUUCAAGGGACUGUAGAAAAGCUAAAAUGUGUACUGUAGAAAAUUGUAGCUCUAAACAUCACAUUUUAAUGCAUAGUUGGGGUAAAAAUAACAACACUGAUCACACGACUACAAAGGUAAGCGUCCAUUGUUCAUCCGCCGGGACAGUUAUUAAGAAUUGUCUAGGAAUUAUACCCGUCGAGGUUAAAGGGUCAAAUGGGAAAACUUGUCAAACUUAUGCCUUGAUUGAUGAUGGAGCGGAUAAAACGUUAUGUGACGAGCGUUUAAUAAAAAUGCUAGAAACCGAAAGUAGACCGGUUACAUUUAAAAUGACAACAGCAACAGCACAGCGAGUCCGACAUGAAGGUCAAGAGGUUGACUUACAUGUACAAUCAGUUGGCAGCAACUGUCCGAUAACACUUAGUAAGGUAUGGUCAGUUAAAAAUCUACCGAUAUCGACACACUCAGCCGCAAAUAAUAAAGAUAUUAAGAGUAUUAAACACUUGUCAGAUAUUUAUAUACCAGAAAUAAGCAGCAAUAAAGUUCUGCUUCUAAUAGGCACCGAUACACCAGAAGCACAUAUUCCCAUAGAAGUGCGUUCAGGAAGUAGUCAUGAGCCAUAUGCCGUACGAACACGCUUAGGAUGGAUCGUUAGAGGACCAAUCAACAACACAAUCACCAGUGAUGUAGUAAACGUCAAUUUUGAGCAUGCAGAUAAUGUAAUUUUGCAGCAGCAGUUAGAGCGACUUUGGACCACUGAUUUUCUCGAUCAGCCUAGCACGGAGAAAGUAUGCAUGUCUCUGGAGGAUAAGCGCGCCUUGAAAACAAUGGAAUCAACAAUAACCUAUGAAGAUGGACACUAUAAACUCGGAUUACCGUGGCGGGAUGAAAAUGUAAAAUUGCCGAAUAAUUUGCCUUUAGCACAUGCUCGAUUAAAUCAAUUACACCGCAAAUUGUCACAUGAUCCGAAGCUGCAUGAGAUGUACACAGCAACGGUAAGUGAUUAUAUACAAAAAGGAUAUGCAAAGGAAGUUACUGAUGUAAGAAAUGAGUCAAGUCACAUAUGGUACCUUCCACACCACCCUGUCACAAAUGAACAUAAACCCGGAAAGGUGAGAGUAGUCUUCGAUUGUGCAGCCAAAUUUAAAGAUGUUUCGCUAAAUAGCCGAUUAUUACAAGGUCCAGACUUUAUGAACAGCUUGGUAGGAGUUCUAAUGAGAUUUAGACAAGACCACAUUGCAUUAGCUGCUGAUAUAGAGGCUAUGUUUCAUCAAGUCCGCGUGAAAGACGAUGACUGUGAUGCUUUACGAUUUUUAUGGUGGCCAAAUGGAAACUUAAAGGUACAGCCAAAAUGUUACCAGAUGCAGGUUCAUCUGUUUGGUGCAACAUCAUCGCCCAGUUGUGCCGCAUACGCAUUGAAAAAGACAGCUAUCGACAACGGUGAAUUAUUUGAUACAGAGAUAUCAUCAACCGUAGAAAGAAACUUUUAUGUAGACGACCUCUUGAAGUCAGUGGACACGGAAGAAAGGGCCGUUCAGCUUGCAACGGAUUUACGAGAAAUUAUGAAACGCGGUGGAUUCCGAUUAACGAAGUGGUUAAGUAACAGUAAAGUCGUUAUAAACGAAAUACCGAAUUCGGAACGAGCACCUUCAGUUGAAAUUUUGAAGUCAAACACAGCUUUGCCGACCGAUCGCGCACUAGGCGUAAUAUGGGAUGUAAAUGAUGAUGCCAUCAAAUAUAAAGUCAAACUCGAGGAGAAGCCGCUGACAAGACGCGGAAUAACUUCUACAGUAAGUUCGAUAUUUGAUCCACUGGGACUCAUAGCGCCAAUCAUUUUAAAAGGGAAAAUUAUAUUACAAGAACUUAGUAAACAGUCAAUUAAGCUUGGAUGGGACGAUCCUAUACCAAAAGAAAAAGAAGAAGAAUGGAUAAAAUGGAAAUCGACUCUGCCAGAAAUUGAAAAUAUAUCAAUACCUAGAUGCUUCAAGACAAUAGACAUGAAAGAAAUAUCUGAUGCUCAACUUCAUAUAUUUAGCGAUGGUUCUGAAAUUGGUUAUGGAGCAUGCGCUUACUUACGUCUAGUAGACACUAAUGGAAAAGUGAACUGUUCACUUAUUCUGGGGAAAUCUCGUUUAGCGCCAUUAAAACAGACAACAAUUCCCAGACUAGAGUUAUCAGGUGCCGUUGUUGCUUGCAAACUUUACGAAAUAAUUAGAGACGAAUUAGAGAUUAAGAUUGACAGCGUAGUAUUUUGGACCGAUAGUAUGAUAGUACUUGGAUACAUUAAGAAUGAAUCUCGUCGUUUUAAAACAUUUGUUGCAAACAGAUUGAGCAGCAUUCACGAGUUGACAUCACCAAGUCAGUGGCGAUACGUAGAUACAAGAUCAAAUCCUGCCGACAUAGCAUCUAGAGGCAUUCUAGCUACAGAUAAUAAGCAGAUCAAAUUUUGGCUCCAUGGACCAGAAUUCUUGUUGAAAGACUCGUAUGAAUGGCCGAAACCAAAAGCUGUAUCAACGGUAGACGAGCAAGAUAUUGAGAUCAAAAAGGUUGUUAUGAUUAACUCAACUACAACUGAUUCGAUACGCGAUAUAAUUACAUACUUUUCAAACUGGCAAGUAUUACAACGGACUGUAGCAUGGCUAAUCCGUUUCAAGAAAUAUUGUAUACGUCGUUUCUUAAAACGAGACGAUGAAAUAAAGACAGACAGCUUAAAUGCCGAUGAAUUACAGGAAGCAACAAGGUAUAUAUUGAUACAUGUACAACAAGAAUCAUUCUUAAAUGAAAUCAAAAUGAUUGAAAAGCAAAAUCCUGUUAAGAAAGAUAGUCGUUUAGCGUCUUUAAAUCCUGUUAUACAUGAUGGGUUAUUGCGUGUCAAGGGACGUCUCAACUUGUCACUAAGCAAAUGUCCGGUCAUUAUACCAAAUUCUCAUCACGUGACCACUUUGAUAAUCAGGUCGUUUCAUGAACAAAAUGGUCAUACAGGAAUGGCACAAGUGCUAGCAUCAUUACGGGAAAAGUAUUGGAUUUUAAAAGGACCUAGUACUGUCCGAACAGUUUUGAACAGGUGUGUAAGAUGUAGACGAUAUCAAGCACCGCUUUGUUUUCAGAAGAUGGCUUCUGUUAUAGACGAUCAGAAAACUCCUGAUAAACCACCAUUUACCUUUGUUGGAAUAGACUACUUUGGUCCAUUAAAUGUUAAAGUUGGACGUUCAGUCGUUAAAAGAUACGGUUGCCUUUUUACAUGUCUGACAACAAGAGCUGUUCACAUAGAAGUAGCUCAUAGUUUGACUACAGAUUCCUUUAUUUCUGCUUUCCAACGUUUUACGAGCAGACGAGGCAUACCUGAAAAGGUGUAUAGUGAUAACGGGACAAAUCUUGUCAGUGGAGAAUCGGAACUUCGGAAAUAUAUUGAUCAAUGGAACAAAACAAAAAUAUCCAGUUACAUGUCACACAAGGAUAUUAAUUGGACUUUCAAUCCGCCAAACGCUAGUCAUCGUGGUGGUGCAUGGGAAAGAAUGAUUCGUACGACACGCAAAAUUCUCAGAGCUCUUGCAAAUGAACAACUGCUUACCGACGAACAGUUACUUACCUUUAUGGCUGAAGCCGAAAGAAUCGUCAAUGAUAGACCGAUAACAGUAGUCAGUAAUGAUUCUCGAGAUUUGCCAGUUCUCACACCGAAUAUGUUGUUACUUAUGAAAAACAACACUUCAAUACCGCAAGGGGUGUUUGACGAGAAAGAUGUGUAUGCUAAAAGGUGGUGGAAGCAGAUACAAUACUUAGCCAAUGUAUUCUGGAGACGUUGGUUACGUGAAUAUUUGCCAACUCUACAACAGAGAAAUAAAUGGCAAAGAGAACAGCGAGAUAUAAAGAUUGACGACAUUGUAAUCGUUGCAGAUGACCAUACACCGAGAGGACAGUGGCCAUUAGGCCGAGUAAUUGAAGUUAUUAGGAGCCGCGAUAGUCUUAUACGUAGUUGUGUGAUCAAAACAAAAGAGUCAAAAUUUUUAAGACCAGUAACAAAACUAUGCAUACUUGAAUGUUCUCAAUAGAAUUUACAAUAAUUAAUUGAUAUUUUAUUAGUUUUUUGUGUGAUGACAAUUUUUAAGAAAUGUCAUGGUGGGGAGUGUUAGAUUUGAAAUGUAAUUCCAAAUUGUUGGGUUACUUCAUUAAUUAUUACUGAAGUUAUUUAUUUUAGUUGUAAUACUUGUAGAUACGAUUUUUGGGUAUUUGCGCAUACAUGUAACGUUGCGCUCUUAUGAAUUGUUAUAUUUCCCGUUUUUAAAGUUUUAUGACGUUUAGCUUUUACGUACGUUACGUUGUCUAGUUUUUAUUCAUUACAAAUUAUUUGAUUACGGAGACACAUCGUUAUUUAUAGAGAGAUCAUAAUCGGUAAGAAAUAAUUUAUGUACAUUUUUAAGAACAAUAUUUAUUU